GCGACCGGGCAGCAGUGGAGGAGAAGAAAUACAGAUUUACACUGUUUUUGGCAGGAGGCCAAAUUUUAGCAAUGAAUUAGGAUACGCUAUGACAGAACACAGGCGAGCGCGACCUCCGGGCUUUGACAGCUGUGAGGAGAAUGUCAAAAGCCCGGGAGCGCUUGACAGGAGACGACCUCGCUGUCAGAAGAUCUCGCGAUAACGAGCGGAGCGCUCGAGACACGAGAUCAAAAGUACAGUUGAAGCAGGGGGGGAGGAAGACGGAGCUCGCGCUGAAUAUGGCAGUGAUGACGCAGUUAAAUAAGAAAAGAUGCGCAAGAUGAAGAGGAUGAGGAUCUGCUGAGAAAGUGAGGUGCCAACGAUGUCCGGAUGUCACAUUCUGCAGAGAAGAUGUACCUGGAUGAAGUCCAACAGAGAAGACGUCACUUAGGUCACUGAUAUCAUCGUGUGUUCUCCUGACUUUCCCAUAAGAGCUGUAGUCAAUUCUGCAAUUCAUGAGCUGGUUGCAAGGUCUUCAGGCACUAACUUAAAAGCAGAUUCAAGUCCAAAUAAUAGAUUGGUAUUUCAGCAGUAUGUGAUUCCACUUUCAAAUGACACCACAGAUCCAAUAGAGGCAGAAUAUGAUUCUACUGAUGAUAAUUUCUUCUUUGGUGGUCUUGGAAUUGGCCCGGCAAACUACUCAAGUUGCUCUGGUAAAGGAAUUUGUUCCACAUGGGGCAACAAUCAUUUCUUCACCUUUGACAAUGAUCUCUAUGAGUUCAGAGGAUCCUGCAACUAUAUUUUUGCCACCGUCUGUGACAGUAACACCCCAGAGUUCAACAUUCAAGUUCAGCGAUCCAGUGGAACGUCUAUUACAAGAAUUAUAAUCCAGGUUGGAACUGUUAAUGUGGUCGUCAAUGGAAACACAAUAACAAUUAUGGGAAAGACAGUUAGUUUACCUUACACCACAAGUGGAAUUGAAAUUUCCAAAACUGGAGCUAUAACAAAACUGUUUGCCAAACAAAAAGGUUUUGAGCUCAUAGUAACCUGGAGCAGUGGCAAUAAUCUUAUGGUGGAAGUAGACAGGAAAUACAUGAACAGGACUUGUGGACUUUGUGGAAACUUUAAUGGAAUUCAUAAAGAUGAUUUUGUUAUGAAUGAUAAAAUGUUGACACCAUAUCAGUAUGCCAACUUGCAACAGAUCGAUGAUCCUAAUGACAUUUGUCCUCUUCAUGUGCCACAGAGAAGCAUCUUAGACAGUAAUCAAUAUGUCAAUGAAUGUUUAGGUCUUCUGCAGCAAGUUUCUUCUUCUUGUCUGGUUGACAAAACCCAAUUUCUUAAAAGAUGCCAGCAAGACUUGCAACAAUGUGACGUUCCAGGGGACAAAAAUUGUGCAUGUGCCACUCUCUCUGAGUAUUCUACCAGAUGUGCCCUGUGCUCCCAACCACUAAACAAUUGGAGAAACAAGAACUUAUGUCCCUUGGAUGCAUGUCUGUCCAACCAGAUUUAUGAAGAAUGUGCCAGUCCAUGCAGCCCUACAUGCUCUAUCCCCCAAUAUACUUGCAAUUCACACUGUGUAUACGGAUGCUUCUGUCCACCAGGCACUGUCCUUGAUGACCUUUCUAGAAAUUUCACCUGUGUCCCAGUCAGCGACUGCCCUUGUUUUUUUAAUGGACAAGUUUAUAGCCCAGGAGAUCGUAUUCGCACUGAAUGCAGUCUGUGUGAGUGUCAAAUGGGGCAGUGGAGCUGCAAAAACACUCCAUGUCCAGGUAGAUGUUCCGUAGAAGGCGGCUCUGUUGUCACAACAUUUGAUACCGACACAUAUCGAUUCCAUGGAGCUUGUAUUUAUGCCUUGGUCACGAGCCCUAAUUUUCCUGAUGGAGGAAGUGUGAUGGGAACAUUUGAGAAGUGCGGCGUGAGCUCUUCAGAAACUUGUUUCACCAAUGUCAUCUAUACGUCUUCAAGUGGGAUAAUAAUACUAUCAAAGCAGGAAGAAAUUACAGUGGACGGACAGAUAAAACAACUUCCAUACAUAGCUGAUGAUGUCAUAGUGAUAAGACUUUCCUCCACAAAUAUUCUCCUCAUAACAACAUUUGGUCUUGAAAUUAUGGUGCAGAGAGUCCCUAUCUUCAGUGCCUUCAUAAAGCUGAACAGAGAUUACUUUGGAAACACCAAAGGUCUAUGUGGCAACUUUAAUGGUGAAACGAAGGAUGACUUCCUGUCCAGUUCUGGAAUUGUGGAGGGAACAGUGAUGGUAUUUGUUGACUCAUGGAGGGCAGCUGCAAACUGCAAACCUGCCCAGAAUAUGGAUGUUAACCCCUGCUCAAUGAGUAUAUCUAAUGAAUUAUAUGCACAGGCCCAUUGUACUGCCUUGGUCAACCAUGAAAGUCCAUUUCAAACAUGCCAUUCUUUGGUGGAUCCAGACCCCUACUACAAGAGAUGCAUCUAUGAGGCUUGCAAUUACCAAGAAACUGUUAACUUUAUCUGCUCUGCUUUGGGAUCCUAUGCCCGGGCCUGUGCCGCCAAAGGAAUCAUUCUAAAGGACUGGAGGACCUUCACCAACUGCACUAUUGAGUGCACCGGUAACCAGACCUUCAGUUAUGACACUACCACUUGUGGUCGCACCUGUCUGUCUCUCUCUAAUAUGGAUUUGGAAUGCUAUCCUAAUGACAUCCCAAUUGAAGGUUGUAAUUGUCCUUUGGGUUCUUACCUGGAUAACAAACAGCAAUGUGUUCCAAAAUCACAGUGUCCCUGCUAUUUGGAUGCAAACACUAUCAUAAUGCCAAACCAGCAAACGCUCUACAAUGGCCUUACAUGUUAUUGUGCCAGUGGAAGGCUCAACUGCAUAGGAAAACCAGUUGCUUUUAGUGAAACCUGCGAGGCUCCUAAAGUGAUGAAGACUUGUGGAUCCCUUUCUGAUAAGUUUGGAGCAGCUUGUGCACCGACAUGUCAGCUUCUGGCUACUGGUAUUCGCUGUAUACCUACCAAGUGUGAGGCUGGUUGUGUUUGUCCAGCUGGUACUUAUGAAGAUCUUGAUGGCAGCUGUGUAGCAGAGAGUGAAUGUUCCUGUGAAUAUGGUGGCAUCAUUUACAGAAGUGGAGAAUCCAUGUAUGGAGAAUGUCAGAGCUGCACCUGUAGUGGAGGUCACUGGGAAUGUGAGGAGACCCCAAACUGCGCAUCCACCUGUAUGAUGUUUGGGGAGAGCCACAUCAAGACAUUUGAUGGACAACAAUACUUGUUUGAUGGGAACUGUGAAUAUACCUUGGUCACUGAUGGAUGUGGAUUGAACACAUCAUUGUCUUCAUUUAAGAUAGUUACAGAAAAUGUGAUCUGUGGAACCACUGGCGCAACCUGCUCUAGGUCUAUUGAAGUCACCAUUGGGGACACAGAGCUGAAGCUGUCUGAUGAAAAGUACACCAUCUCUCAAGAUACCCCCGAUGUGGAUAUUGCAGUACACAACAACAGCCUCUACAUCAUGUUCGAUAUCACUAUCCCUGAUAAGUUCUACAUCUCACUCCUCUGGAACAAGAAUAUGAAUUUGUUUAUCAAGAUCUUGAAGCUCGGCAAGGAGUCAGUGUGUGGACUUUGUGGAAACUAUAAUGGAAACAUGAUGGAUGACUUUGAAACAAGGAGCAAAUAUGUGGCUUCCACUCAACUGGAAUUCAUUAACUCAUGGAAAGAUAGACCAACAUGCAUGGAUGUCAAUGCUGCUGUGGAUUCCUGUGGACAAAAUCCACAACGAAAGACCUGGGGAGAAAAGAGUUGUCAGAUUCUUCAGUCUACCCCUUUUAAAGCUUGCAAUAAACUGGUUAAUUAUGAAAAAUACUAUGAAGCUUGUUUGAGUGAUGCCUGUGCAUGUGACACGGGAGGAGACUGUGAAUGCCUGUGUCAGGCCGUCCAAGCCUACGCUACAGCAUGCCUCGCUGCCGGGAUUUGUGUUGACUGGAGGAAACCAGAUUUUUGCCCUGUUUACUGCGAUUAUGAAAACACACAUGUUAGCAAUGGGAACAACAUUGAAAUGAAUCCAAAUAUAACUUGUACAUGGCACUACCAGCCUUGCCAGUGUCCAUAUGCUCCUCAUAAUUAUCCUCAUCAAAACAGUGAAGGAUGCUACCAGUGUGGCCCAGAAAAGUACUAUGAUCCAGCCAAAAAGUCUUGUGUACCAUGUACUGCGCCACCAUCUACAACACCAGAGCCAAGUAGUAAGUCAACCACAUCAGUGCCAACGUCAACUCCAGAAACAACAAGAUCAUCCGUUCCAACUCCAACAGCAACUUCAGCUUCGUCUCCCACUGCCAGCAUUUCAAGCACUGAAACCUCUCACCCACCCACCUCAGGAUCAGCUCAUGAUCAAACAAGCCAAACAAGUGCUGCAAUGACAACCGAAACUCCAUCCAAAUGCAGCGCCCACGAAUACAAGCAUAUCAUCACCAAGGAUAACUGUUCCAGUGAAGUGCCACUGACCAAAUGUCAGGGACUCUGCGAAUCCGAAUCAUGGUACGAUGACGGCUUCGAGUCAGUUGAAGGCAGAUGCAGCUGCUGUAUGCCAGUGAGAAGUUCCAUUAUUGUAAAGUCUGUAGAGCUUUACUGUCCUCAAACUAAGUCUCAUAUCACGAUCAAAAUCAGAAUCUUCACAGAAUGUGUCUGUAACUACCAGCCCUGCAUCGGCCCGGAUCAGCCACAAUCCUGAGGCAACCAUUAGUUGUGACGGCAUAAUCUGGUAGAGGUCUCUCAAUGGAUUGCAAUGCAGAAUAAAUUCUUUGUCAUUUUAUCUAAUAAAUAUUACUUUAU